AAUAAAAAACAACGCUGUAAAAAAAGAAUCGCACCUUGGAACUUGUCAGAAAUGAGAUGGAAACCUGUUCGAUUUUCAGGAAUUCAAGCGCCCUUAAAACGAUCUUGGCUUUGUUUCUUCAGACGUGUCAUUUCUUAGGAACUGUGAAAUGCAUUGGGGUUUAUCUACCGGACCUGAAGCGGACAUUAGGACUAUCGUCAACUGAUAUUGGUCUUGCUAUUGGAUUAUUCGAAGCACUUUCAUUCGUUCCAGGUCCAGUAAUUGCGUACAUCUAUCGAAGACCCCACGGCGGGUUCCGGCGAUGUCUUCUGGUGACAGGUGCAAUACUCGCAACAGGAGGACUCCUUCUGGUAUCCAUUGCAACCAAUGGUAUAGAAUUAGCUGUCUUCUUAUCAGUUGCUGGUCUUGGUUCCAGCAUCCUGUCAAUUUCAUUGGUAAUCAUUCUGAGCGAUCAGUCUGGAGAGGCCUUUGCAGUCUUCUACGGCAUUGGUACAUCAGGUUUCGCCAUCGGAGUGGCUCUAGUUCCCCCGAUCGCAGACUACCUGAUGAGGAUUUAUGGCUGGAGAGGGUCCUUGAUGAUUAUUGGAGGUAUCAUGGCGCACCUUAUACCUUUCGUCUUGAUGGUUGAUCUCGACGUAGAGGGCGUCGUACGGAACGAUUUUGGGCCCUUUAACACCGACGAUGAAGAAAUUGAAGACCAAUUUGAUAGGUCCGAAAUAGAAGCGCUUAUCUCCAGACCAAGUAUCCAGGAAGAAACACGCAAUGACGGGGAUAAAUCACACGUUGGCGGUAUUUACGCUGAAAUAAAUCCGGCAAAUAAUGAAAUCGGAUCAGAAAAUGAAAACGCAUGGUUAAGUGACAUCCAAGAGAUAACACCUGAAAAAUCAGCUACUGGUAAAAGAAUCACGGGCGUGUCUAACAUGCAUAUUAUGUUAGAAAAAGGAUAUAUGCGAAAAUGUCUGAAUGAUUGUUCUAAUUGUUAUCGAAUCUUCACAGACUCUAUAUACAAUCAAGAUCGCUGGAUGAUUCUCCUUAUGCUGGUCACACUUGUAUUGCAUAUGGUAGACUCUAGUUGGUAUGCAUAUCUCAUCCCAUGUGCGAUUGCUCUUGAUAUUCCUAUAUCCCAGGUACUGUGCCUACCUUACUCUGCGGGGGCUGGAAUAUUCGUAGCCCGAAUUUUAGGCGGAUACCUCGAGAAAUCAAAGCUUUUAUCUGGCCAAUCCUUGUUUCUUUUCUUUACCUUACUCAACAUCUUAUCACUUUUGUGGAAUAUCUUCGCUCCAAGAUUUGCUUUCAUGAUUGUGACUUCAUUCAUCUCGGCAUUCACGAUUGCUCAACGAAACAUUUUGUCGUUGGUCAUCUGUAAGGACAGGGCGCCUCGGGCACAUUUCCCGGUGAUUCUGGCUUCUUAUGAGAUUGUUUGUGGAAUUGGAUUCUUCCACGGAUCUUUGUUAUGUGGUAAGACCCGUAAAGUCCCUGUUAAGAAUAUAUAUUAUACCUUAAUAAUAUCUAUCCUUUUCACCAACACCGAAAAUCAUCAGAAGGCAUAUUGCUCUUGUCAUAAUUGUCAUGAUCAUAGUGAAAAUGAUAACAAACCUACUAUUGAUAAUCAUAAUAAUAUUGUUAACGAUAUUAAUGAUGUAUCGAUAAUAGCAUUAUUUUGAAGAUAAGAAUCAUAAUAAUAAUUAAUGUUCAUAACCAUAUUCGGCAUCAAAAUUAUCAUCACUAUUAAAUUCAGAUUUUGUUUAGAACAGCCGAGAAAGCUUAAGUGAUAUGUGAAACGGCAACAAUGCAAUGAAGAUAAUUAACGGAACUUUUCAUCUAAGUGAUUUUAACGUCUGUAGCAUAAUGAUGGAUUUCUAGUCACCAUCACAGGUGGAACUUACAAGGAGAGUUUUGACGGUCUUCAUUUUGGUCUAAACCUCAGAUAAUCCCAACUCAUUGUGAAACGUUAUCUCAGAUUAAAAAAAAAUCUUGCACUGAACCUUUGCUUUAUUAUUUUUUCUUCCUUUUUAAAAAGUUUUUAUUGGGUUUUCAUGAUUUUGUGUAACAAAUCACUAAAAAGCAAUACAAGUAAUUAAAAAAACAUAGAUAAGAAAAAAUAAAAGAGCAGCAUUAUGCAUACACAUUAUUAGUUUACAUUAAAAAAGUGCAGCAUAUCAACAAAAAAUAAGUGAUAAACAAGUGGUAAAAGCAGUCACUUUGUCUCUUCUAAGUAUUCCUCAUCCCUUAUAGUAUAGUACAGGCAAUAAUGUAAUAACAGUGAUAACAAUCAGCUAAUUUACCUAUCAUUAAAGAUUAAUUAAACUCCUUCCUCAAAAGGCAAAUUAUAUUAAAUUAUCUUACAACUUAAAUCUCCAUUUCCGAAAAUGACUUGUAAGUUUAUUAUUUUUCUUGGCAAUACGAUACGAUAUUCAAUAUCCUUGUUAGGGGUCAAAUACGUUUUAUAACCUUAAAAGUUGGUGGCUUGUCCUGAAUUUACAGAUACAUAUAUAAUAUUUUAGCAAAAGAAACAAAUAUGUAACGAAUUUAUCAUUAAUAUAACCGAGCAUCUUUUCAAAUUUUAAUACAUUCUGUAGAGGUUUUCUUGAUAACAGCAUUCAUAAUUUCAUCCCAAAUGGGUUUCACAACAGGACAUUCAAUAAAAAGAAAAAAAAAAUAGAUUUCCGGGUCACUGUUACAAAAUGAACAAUUAGGGGAGUCCUUCCUUUUAAUUUUAU